AUGUCUGUUAACAAGUCACCCAUGAUUAAUAAAUUAGGAGUGAUAUCUUCUUCUUAUCAUGAAAAAUUCUUGAAGUCUAAAAUUCAAAAUUUAAGGAAAAGAAAGAAAAAUAAACCAAAUCCAUCAUUUUCAAUCACAAAAGAAUUCAUCUUGAGAUUCAAUCAAGCAAGAAAUCCAAAAGAAAAGGAAGAGUUGUUGGACCUAGCUAGAAAAACCAUUCUCAGAUGUAAGAGAAAAUUGGGUCUCAAAACCUUAGGCUCUGGGAAGCAUGUGCAUCUUCCUACUGCAUGGAUGGAAGUAAUAUAUCUAGCUCAGUGCAAAGGAGAAAUCCAAGAUGAAGCUUUAAAUAUGCUUUAUGCUUCCCUGGACCAUGCUUCCUUUGAUUAUGAUCAUCUGCCUACCUUAUUUUUUGUUGCGGAAUCAGUUUUAUACAGACUCUGUUGUGAUGCAUUACAAAAGACAUACUUAUAUACAGUUGAAAUAAAACUGAUAAAGAUUGGCUAUUUGGUCUUCUUACGACUUUUUAUAUAUUUCCUGCAUGGUCACCUAGAAAGUUUUAAGCAACAUUUAUUUAGGCUUCAACCAUAUUUGUACGCACUUUGUUUCUCUGGAGACUCAUAUCACAAGUAUCCAAACAUCUUUUCAAAUGUGCAAUUCAUUCUGAAAACCAUGGAAAUUAUAUACAAAAGAGAACUCCUUUCUGGAUCAAUUUUUAGCCCUGUGGAAAACAAGAAAAGCCAUAAGAACAUAGAUUCUGAUAUGGAACAUUUGAAACUUAAUCAGGGAGGAUAUGAAGUUAACCACCUGCUCUGGCACUGUGUUGCUGCCUGGUCAUGUGUUCAGAAGAAUAGUCCUCAGCUGAAUAAGGUGCUUGAACAUCUCAUCUUUCAUAAAGUGCAGCUUCAAAAGAAAUGCUGGUUGGAUUCAAUACUGGCUUUGUUGGUCCUUGGGGAGGCUGCCAAACUAAACAUGGCCUGCUUAAAAGCUUUAAUGGAACUAAUGAGAGAUUUCCUUUCAAGCAUUAUGUCUGUUCAAAACCAGGAAGAAGGCUGCAAGGUAGAUGACUUUUCCUGGGCCUGGAAUGUAGUCUACAUGUAUAUAACAAUUCUUGCAGAAAUCUGCUUGUAUGCAACCACUUCUAAUUUGCGAAAAACUGCUUUUAUUGGUUUCUGUGUCUGUAAAAGUUCACAAAAAGAUAUUUUACUCAUGAGUAAAUCAGAAGAACCACCAGAAUUGAAGGAAGCAAGUAUUUUAGGUCUUUUGGAAUAUUUCUCUUCAAAAAUAUCAGAUAAUUGUGAUCAAGUGACAUGGAUUGGGUACUACGGCUUAAUAUAUAACCUGGUGAAAAUGUUAUGGGAACUUCGGGGAGAUGAUGAGCAGGAUGGAUUUAGAAACAAAAUAUGGCAAAUAUUACAGAAAACAAAGGAUCAUGAGAAAGAUGGACGAAUCCAUAAUGGCAUAUAUAUAGCUCAGGCUGAGUUAAAUGACCCAACUGAUCCCUUCACUAAUUAUAAUACAAAAGUCUCAUCGAAUGUAGGGGAUGAAACUUACUCUAAGUACAUAGGCUGGAGAAUUGCCAAUGCUCUUUCCAAACUGUUCUUCCCCUCCACUGAAGCCCAUGUUCUUCCUUUGAAAAAACCAUUGAAAAAACAGGAUCCAGGGAAAUAUCUGAACAAAAAGGAUUCUGUGAAGAAGAGAGUUCUACAUGUUACUAUAAGGGAACAUCCUUUUGUAUCAGAACUUCCCCUGUUUUCUUACCCGGAUUUCUUCACCAGGGCUGAUGAAGAGUUGGCAAGAAUCAUUGACCAUCAUUGGCAGAAAGAGCUGAAGAUUCGACAGAAAGAAGAUGCAAUAUGUGAGGCCCAAGAACGUAAAGACAAAGAGUUAAAGGAAAAAAAUCACUUCAGAGAAAUUAUGAAGAGAAGAGAAGAGAAACUACACAAGCAAACCAAACCCUAUGAGCUUCCUCCUAGGACUGAAGUUUAUUUCAAAUUUUGUCCAGCUGUUUACACAUGA